AUGGUUGAUCAAGUAUGUGAAGUGCAUAAAGAAGAUCAAAAGGACCCCAUCGCUGCAUCGGACGCAGUAAUAGAUGCAACGUUUUUGACGAUGAAUCGUGAACUGGAGAAGUGUCACGAUCUGAUGGUCCAGAAAGCUGCCAAUUUUUUGAAGGAGGUCGUCGAGAAUAUACGAGCAAAGCGAUCAGUUCUCGAGCAAUCAAUAAGGCAUCUUGGAGUGCUGCAGAAAUUGCAGCGCCCCGCUCUUCUCUCCGACGGCGUAUCACGCAGGGCUAUUUUAUAG